GAGCCCGAGCGCGACGGCGAGGCGGAGCCCGAGUGCGGCGGCGAGGCGGGCGGCGUGGACCGGACGCGCAUGGAGAUCCAGGGCGCGCUCUUCGCAGCCGCGGAGUCCGGCGAGCUGGUCUCCCUGCUCCAGGGCGCCGGUGCGCCCGACACCGGCGGCGCCCUCCAGGGCGCCGCGGCCGUCCCUGACAGCUCCGCCGCGGAGGGGGGCGCUGGCAUUGCGGCCGACGCCAGGGAGCUGGCGAGGGCGGCGGUGCUCCGCUCCUUCCAGCAGGAGCGGGACGCCGGCCUCACCCCGACGUCGGCCGCCGUGGCGGCCAUCCGGCGGUGCAGGAGCAUGUCGGCCGCGGCCACCCGGGAGGCCCGCGUGGCGCAGCCGGCGGCCUGA